AUGCCGCAUCGACAAGGAGGGUUUCGAUUCGCCGCGAAAAAAGUGUUCUUGACUUAUCCAGCGUUGUGCAAUGGCAAAAAAGGAUGUUCUGAAGGAGUUGUCUUUGAAGGAGGUAACCGUACGAAUGCUGUCAAGGACUCGAGACGUCUAGUUGAUUUGCUGGACUCUCGAAUCCUUGAAAUCACAAACGAUUCGAGGCAGAUUAUGCGUUCUAUUAGAUCAGAGUGGCUUCAAGAAUUACCAAAUAUUUAG